UCAAACACAGUGUGUAAAAGUUUCAGUUAUUGUAGAUAUUUCCCGUUAUUGUCUCCGCUUAUUGUAGGUAUUUACAAUAGGAUAAUUGAAUUUGGGCGCAAUAUUUUCUUUUUUUUUGACCAAUCCCCCUUUUCUAGCAAUCAUGAGUAAAUCCAGGAGAUAUAAUAAGAUAUUGAAUAAAAUUGUCAACAUCAAUGAAGAUUGUUCCGAGGAUACCUCCGAAGAAGGUCAAUAUGAAUUGGGUCAAAGCAAAGCUGACAGUGACAGUCCUGAAUACAUUAAAAGUGGAGAGACAGAAGAAUCUUCGGAUAGUGAAGAGGAAAACUUCUUGAAAGUGUGUCGUAACAAGAAAAGGAUGCGUAUUUUUUCUAGUUCUGUCUCCGAGGAUGAAAGGACGAGCAUUCCAAGCACAUUCCAAAAUGUAAUGGGUAAAAUUGAAAUUGCAAUUGACGGGACACAGUGGAUAAAACUGAAAACAGGCGGAUCUAGGGGUAGAUAUUCAAGGAUAUCGCAGGGCCUACUGGCUAUGCUAAGAGAAAUAUUAUGUCGGGUUGUAUAA